GUAAGGUGAAGACCUUUUUCGUUUCAUCCCGUUCCCAUAUAUGGGGCACUACAUUCUUUUCAUUCCAAUAAAAAUAGCUAUUGGUUUUGAGCGAGAAAAUAAAAGUUCUCCAUGUAUAAUCCUGCAGUUUAUUUUUUAUUAGUGUUUAAAGUCGGCAAUAGUUCCUUCGUCGCGUAAUCCUAUUUUGAUCAUGAGUGAUUCGGCUUCGCGUCACGUGUAGGAAGCACGACCAAUCAGGUGGCCGCUCUUGGACGGAUGAGUCCAAGAUGUCUGCGCCCUUGUUGUCAACAUCGAGUAGCGAAGAAGAGGAAAUGACGGUCAGACCUCAUUCUAAACUCCGUAAAAAGGAUUAUAAUCAAUGCUAUAUGCAUAGUGCGUCCAUAAAGAAAGAAGAAACGAAGGAUUUUACACGCACACAAUGGGAUACAUACAUAAAUAGCGUCAAACGGUGGCUUGGUUUGCACGGUGAGAAUCAGAGAAUAGCAGAAACAUACAAACAUUGUCUAGAAAUUGAUUUUGAAAAUGUUCCCGAAGAUGCUGGGUUUCACUCCACUUGCUACAGGCGUUUCAUUGACAAAAAGCGCCUAGAUGCUCACAAAGACCAGUCUGUGUCAUCGAGUAGUAGAACCUCAACAAAUGAAUGUCCUAAAAAGAAACUUAGGUCCAUGACGGGACUGCCAGUAGCUUGUGCAGGACCUGUGCUUCCUGCCUUGUGCAUAAUUUGUAAGAGAACGGACAAGUACAUCACUGUGGCAGGCAAACGACUGAAGGACCAUCUUUCACAGGCAGAAACGUUGUUUGCAGGCCAGUUGCUGAAAGCUGCUGAGAUGAAAGAAGACACUAGCAUUCUUGUGCAUAUUCAAGACAAAGACUGCGUCUCUCUGGAGGUGCGAUACCACAAGUCCUGUUACAGACAGUACACCAGGUUCUUGACAAAGUCUACUGCAACAGUUACUGAGACCUCAGAAGAAUAAAAUGAGCCAACCUUCGAUGUCAGCUACAAGAUCUUCUGUGAGAGGAUCAUCCGUCAUAUAAUAAUUGUAAAAGCAAGAGGUGCUGACAAUAAUGCAGCUAAGAAGGAUCUUUUUAAAUCUUGUGAAAAAACAUGAGGAUCUUGAUGCUUCAAACUACAGGCAGGAUAAAUUGAAGAGGAGGUUGAGUCGUGAUUUCCCCCAACUGGUUUUUCACUCACCCGACAAGCCGAACAUAAGUGAGCUGGUUUUUGUUAAGACACUGUCCACAGAUAAGCUGAUCGACAGGCUUCCUCAUCCAUCAUGUACAGAAACAACAGACUCAACUGAGGUAACUUGCCAAAGUGACGGUGAAAACACUUCACGUAAAACAGCUGGUCCUCAAAGACAAACCUCAGUGGGCUCUAUUAAUACUACAGAGGACACAAGGACACUUUAUAGUGCAGCAUUAAUAUAUGCUUCUAUGUGACUCUCCCGGUAUGACAUGUUCAUGGCCAGUUUUAACCUGGACCAGUCUACCUUUGACAUACUUUGCAAAUAUGUGUGCCACCUCUAUGGCCAGUCAUCUGCCGAAAAUGUGAAUGAUGCAAGAUACAAAGCAUUCUGCAUGGCAUCAUCGGCUUUGCCAGAACUAUCCAUGCCCCCAACAAGUGAUGCCCUGCAUUAACACUGCAAAAAAGCAAACUACCAAGCAGCCAUAAUGAGACAUUCUCUGAAAGGUAUAAUGUGUGCCCCUUCACCCAUUGGCAAUGGAUGGCACCUCGAGGAUGGGGAGUUAACAGUGACCUGAAUGACUAGAAAUCCUGCACCCGAAAGUGUUUUGCAGGUAGUCCACUGCAGUUGCAAGCAAGGAAAAUGUGAGACUGGAAGAUGUUCCUGUAUGUCUGCAAGACUCUCUUGUACUGAUUUUUGUCGGUGCCGAAAUUGUUUCAAAGGAAACAGAGGAAAGAGCUACAUGGGAUGAUUUCUCUGAUGAUACUUAUGAGUAAAGAUGUGCUGUGCAUAGCUAAUUUUUAGUUGUGAUGAAUCUGUUAUGGAAUUGUUUCUUUUUGGCAUUAUUCAUAAUUAAUGGGGGGUGGUCGCAUUUUGAGUGAUUUCAGAAAACUUGGGACAAAGUGUUCUGGUUGUUUAUGUUUCUGUGAUUACACAGUGCCUACUGAAAAUUUUGAUGUAUAACACAACACAGUUUGGCUUAAAUUACAAUGUGUAUGUUUAAUUUUGCUUUGUGUCAAUCAAUGAAGUUAAAGCAAAUUUUCAACAAAUUUGCUAUAUUUUUUGACCUACAUUUACAUUUGAGUGUUUAAUGCACCAAUACCUUUCGCAGAUGUUUAACUACAUGUAUAAAGGUCAAUUUGAGAGAGAUUUUAUGUUGCUAAAAUGAAAAUA